UUCAAAAUGGCGGACGAAACGCAAAGUACAGACAACUGUGACAACAGCUCAAAAGAGACAAAAAAAACACCAAUAUUAACUAAAGCAGAGAAACUAGAACAAGCCAGAAUCCUAAAAGACGAAGGCAACGCAUUCUACAAACAAAAAGACUACAAAAAUGCCAUGAAAAAAUACCAUCAAGCUUUGAUGUACGUGAAAGGCCUGUUUGACCAGGUGCCAUUUCAAGGAAUGUUCUUGCCAGAAACAAGAUUCCCUGACGAAGAAACAGCUAUAUUUAAAGAGAAAGCACAACAGAUUGAGUUAUCUUGCUUUAAUAACUUGGCUGCUUGUCAUUUAGCUGGAGGUCGAUGGUCUAAGGUCUUAGAUAACAGUUCUAAGGUUCUCCAGCGUCAACCAGAUAAUGCAAAAGCUUUAUAUAGAAGAGGACAAGCGUAUAUGAAGUUACAAGAUAUUGAUAGAGCCAAGGAGGACCUGAAACGAGCCAGUGAACUUGAACCCACAGACAACAGUAUCAAGAGGACAUUAAUUUUGCUGGAAAAAGAAUACAAGAAAAUUACAGAAAAAGAGAAAAAGACAUAUGCAGCAAUGUUUGAAAAGAUGUCUGUUUGAGAUUACUGUAACAUACAUUUAUUAUGAACAAUAACCUUCUUUUUUAUAAUUAAUUACCAUUAAAAGACAUGACAGCUUUUCUGUCUUUAGUACUACUUUACUUAAACUUAACUUAAAGCUCUCUCCACCAGUAGGUGAGUAAGGCUAUUUAAUAUAUUUUUCUGGUCUGGUAUCCUAAAAAUCAUGUGUUCUGAUUGGCUGCACAAGCUGGCAGUAUUUUCUAUCUCUGAUUGUGGUCCAGUCUCCUGACAUAUACAUCAUCCAAGAAUGCACAUGAGAAAACAGAUUGUUAAACUACGAAACAAAUUGCAAAACAAAUGGAAAAGUAAAUGGGAAAAAUUAUUUACUAAAGUUAUUUACUGGUCUAAAGUUCGUUAGGAUAGAAAUAAAUCCUACAUCUGGUAAUAUUCUUAAUAUUAGUGUCUCGUUCAUUAUGGACGUUUACAAGUUAAGGAUAAGCCAGAAGCAAGCCUUUUGUAAAGCCCAAACAGAUCAGGCAUUAAUAAUAUUACUUUACAAACUCUUCCAAGGUGAAAAUUUCUAUUUCAAUAAGGUGGUUUCAGUUCGAACCGUUGAGCUGCGCCACUGCUGUACUUUGCCAUGGUGAUAUGUGAUGACAAUUGUUGUUUUUUCUAUUGAGUGUUUCUCAAUUAAUUAUGAUUCAUAACUUAACAAUAAAUUAAAUUUGAACUGUUUUAGGUUUCUGCCAGCUCAGCAGGUCUAAGACAUGGUGCUUUGUCUAGUGUUAUCCAGUAAAUUAAAUCACUCAAGGGAAUAAAAUUGUUAUUUUUGA